UUUCUUCAAUUCUCCUCUAAAUUUUCAAUUUCAAUUUCAAUUUCGAUUUCAAUUUCAAUCAAUUACAUAAAAAAUCAAAAUCCCCCAAAAAAUUGAUCCUUUAAUUUGGAUCCAUCAGGGAACCCCAAAAACAACAAUUCUUCAAUUCAAUCUUAUUGAUCAUUCUGAAUUUAUAAUCUUUUCAGUUUUAAUCGAAUUGGGUCGAUCCAAUUUUAGGGUUUCUUUGAUUUGGGGUUGUUGUGAUUGAAAUGGUCUAUUUCCAUAACUCAAUCUCUCUCUACAACUCCUCCGUUGACCAACCACCAUCCAUGGCGAAUUCCCUCGAUUUCGGAAAAUCGAAGAACCGUAAGUCACUCAAUUCUCUCCAGAUUCCACCUUGCCAACGAUCUCCAUCGUCGGCGGUUGUUGAUGUGGUUAUAUUUCUAGCAGUUAUAACUGCCUUAGGGUUCUUGUUUUUUCCAUACAUUCAAAUUGUGAUGAGUGAAAGUUUCAAACUUUUUUGUUUGAUUAUGAAUUUGGUAAAAGAAGAAGUUGCUGUUGCACCUUUGAUUUAUUUUUCAAUUGGUGUUAGUGUUUCUUGUGCUGUUUUAGCCACAUGGUUUUUUGUGUCUUACACAUCAAGGAAAUGUGGAAACCCUAAUUGUAAGGGUUUAAAGAAUGCUGCUGAGUUUGAUAUUCAGUUAGAAACUGAAGAUUGUGUGAAGAAUUCACCUUCAUUGGGUAAAGAUGGUGGUGGGAUUAAAAAGGGUCUUUUUAAGCUUCCUUGUGAUCAUCAUCGCGAACUCGAAGCCGAGCUUAAGAAGAUGGCGCCUAUUAACGGAAGAGCUAUUCUUGUUCUUAGAGGAAAAUGUGGCUGUUCUGUUGGUAGGUUAGAAGUUCCAGGUCCUAAGAAGAAUAGAAAGAUCAAGAAAUAAGAUACAGAAAAAAAAGACUCUUUAACUCAUAGGAAUGAGAUAAUAAUUGAAUACAUAACUUAGUUCUAAUGGGAUGAAGGGUUGGUUAUAGUUAUAUGAUGAUCAAUUCUAUUAGGGAUUUAGGUUGUUUUUAAAUAAGCCUGGUUUGGCAAUAAGUUGUAAGGAACUUUGGAUCAUACACAGUUUGGUUAUUUAUACAUGGGAAUAUGAGAAUACUUUAAUCUUAUUUACUUCA